AUGGCUUCGUACUCGUUCAAGAACCCGGCUACAUACCAUUUACUCAGCUAUGGCACCCUCCUCGGCAGCACGCUCUUCCAAUCCUUCAUUGCCGGCGUUGUCGCCUUCAAAGUGCUCCCGCGGCCGCAAUUCUCCACGCUUCAAAAACACACAUUCCCCGUGUACUUCACGCUGCAGACGGUCACGCCGCUCGCGAUGCUGCUGACCUACCCCUCCGGCGCAUCGCGCCUUGUGCCGUACCUGUCCUCCACCCCGGUCCUGCAGAGCCCCACCGACCGCCUCAAUGUGUGGCUGAUCGGCACCAUGCUCGUCACUGCCGUCGCUAACUUGGUCUACGUGGGCCCCAAGACGACGGAGAUUAUGAAGAUUAGGAAGCAUCAGGAGACAAGGGAUGGCAAGGCGGCGUAUGACAAGGGCCCGCACAGUGAGGAGAUGCAAAAGUUGAACAGGAAGUUUAGUAUUUUGCACGGGAUUAGCAGUAUCACGAAUCUCGUGGGGUUAGGGGCGAUGAUCUGGUACGGGGCGGUGCUUGGAGCGGGUUUGAGCUUGCAGCACGUCGCUUUGUAA